ACUGUCAAAGCAAGUUCAUUCUGCACUCGUACAAUAUUUUUUCCAAUUUAUUUUAUUACACAAAUUUUUACCCAGAUAUUCGUUUUAAAGGUAAGCUCCCGCAAAAGUUAUCCAACACUAAAAAUUACUCCAAUCACCAUCACAAACAUUUGGACAAAAAACAUUUAAUACUUUGUUGGUAUCCGACUGUGUUUAUGUUCUAAACAAAAAAAAACAAAAACCAACAAAAAACCAUGAGUUACCCGCGUAAUUUUGAUACCGAACUGAGUAAAAACCUAUCCUGGCUCCUACGUCAUGGUGCCGUCAAAGAGGGUCUACCCAUUGCCUCCAACGGUUUCAUACCACUCGAUGCGGUUCUCUCCCAUCGAAGUCUAAGCAAUCGCUACACAGCUGAGGAAAUAAUGCGAAUUGUUGAAGCUGAUUCAAAAAAUCGAUACACUGUCAUGACUUGCCCAAGUACUAAAAAACUUUUAAUAAAAGCUAAUCAGGGUCAUUCAAUAGCUGAGGUUUCAGAGCUAAAUUUAACAAAAAUCCGACAUGCUUCCGAAUGUCCAAUUGUGGUUCAUGGGACGUUUUAUAAGAAUCUGCCGGCUAUCAAGAGACUCGGCUUGAAACGUAUGAACCGCAAUCAUAUUCAUUUUUCAGCAUCGGACAAACUAAAACCUGGAACUGUGAGAGUCAGUGGAAUAAGACACAAUUGUGAGGUUCUAAUUUACUUGAAUACUGAACUUGCUUUAAGUAAAAAUAUACCACUUUAUCGAUCGGAGAAUAAUGUUAUACUUAGUCCGGGUUUAAAUGGUUCCAUUAGCACGGAGUUUUUCGACAAAGUUGUCGACAGGAAAACGGGAGAAGUUAUUCCCUUUUAAAAAUAUAUCCAA